AUGAGGUAUGAUCAAUACCCAGAGAGCACCCGGAAUGCCCACAGAACCUACCGACUGCGCCUCCUUGCCCCAGAAAUCGUCGAUAUAUUGUAUUUUAAAUACCUUCAUGGCAUCAGGAUGCGAGGGGUUAGGGACCCCGAAUUCCUAGAGCGGAUAACCCCUACACUCAUUUGCUUGAUAUCGAUGGCGAUCUGUCACGGUAUUUGGGCAUGGUCGAUAGGGACUUAUGUUAAGCCUGAUCAUUUUCAGUCGCAGAAUGAGAGCGUUGUUAAAAAGAAGGGUGUAACGAUUGAGGUGAUACCGGAGGAUGGGUUUAGUGAGGACGAUGAAGCUUUGACUGCGGAUCUUGCCGCAUUCCGAGAUGCUCGGAAAGACGAGGUUAUUUAUGCCCAACUUCGCGGCAUUGACAGUGAAGAGGAGGGAGAGAAGGAAGAAGAGGAGCAAGAACUACCAGUAGCGGGGGAUUGCGAAGGGGGCGGGGAAGAAGAUGUCUAG